CACCACCACCACCAUCACCACCAUCCUCUGGGGUGUGUCCGCGCCGCUGGAGCUGCAGGCAGACGGCGAGCACAAAGGACAGGCUGCCGACGCUGGACCGACUGCAAGCGACCCCCUCGCUCCGUCCUGAUCCGGUCUCCACGGAACAUGGCGUCAAAGUGUCCUAAAUGCGACAAGACGGUGUAUUUCGCGGAGAAGGUGUCGUCUUUAGGGAAGGACUGGCACAAGUUCUGUCUGAAAUGUCAGCGCUGCAACAAGACGUUGAAUCCAGGAGGCCACGCUGAGCAUGAUGGGAAGCCUUAUUGCCACAAGCCCUGCUAUGCCGCCCUCUUUGGGCCAAAAGGCGUGAACAUCGGCGGAGCUGGGUCCUACGUGUAUGACAAUCCCGUCAAUGAAGCCCCCGCAGCCGUUUCCGUGGAAACAGAUGCCAAGCCAGAGCAGGAGAAAAAAGCUCCUGCACGGGGACCAGUGAAGGCUGCAAGCUUUUCGUCUUUCUCUGGAGGACCCAACAUCUGCCCCAGAUGCAACAAGACGGUAUAUUUUGCUGAGAAGGUCUCGUCUCUCGGGAAGAACUGGCACCGGCCCUGUCUGCGCUGUGAGAGAUGCAGCAAGACUCUGGCUCCGGGCAGCCACGCAGAGCAUGAUGGACAGCCGUACUGCCACAAACCGUGCUACGCUGUGCUGUUCGGACCCAAAGGUGUGAACACUGGAGGCAUCGGCAGCUACAUCUACGACGAUCCUGAAGCCGAAGCCCAGCCUUGAGCCCCGAUGCUGCCUCCAACGCCCGGGCGAAGCACCACCUCCAAGACCCUCCGUGUCUCUUUUAUUUGCCUUCAGAUGUCAUGGUGAUAAAUGAUAUGUACUGCACUCACAGGGAUGGAUACUUAGAUGUUUGUUUGAUUUGUAUAUUGUUUAUAUACCUAUUUUUUGUACUGAAAAAAACCUUUAAUAUUUCCUCCCAUGUGAGUUUCAGAUUUUCCUUUCAGUUUCUUGGUUCUCUUUGCCAAAUAUUUAUUAGCCUAUUAUGUAGUGGAUUAAAAGGCCUGUGUUUUUCACACUCACAAUUGAUAGUUUUUAAGAAUUUUGUGCACUUAAAACAUGUACUGUAUGAGAAAAAAAAAAAAGUACCAGCCCACCAAUUUAUUGUCAGUGUUGUUUGAACAAGUUCAUCCUGGCUCUAACGUGAAGGAUGACGGUGUAGACGUAGCGAAGACGCGCACAGAGACGUACAUUUUACUGAAUGUUAAGCAGGUGAGUUUGGGGUCUGUUGGGAACAAAAAGGGGUCAAACGUUUUCUACAGUAAAACCGUGUGAUGCCAAA